GGCAUAGCAAAAGCAGCGUCGAUGGCCCAGCCGAAGGUGGAGCUGACACAGGGGUUUAUAUGGCAAAGCUGUGAGAGUGACUGACCAACUCAACACUUCUCCAAUAGGGUGUCACGAUUGGCCAGUGAUGCCGCCCCCAUCUGACAUUGUGAAGGUGGCCAUCGAAUGGCCUGGCGCUAAUGCUCAGCUUAUUGAGAUUGACCAGAAAAAGCCUUUGUCAACGAUAAUACGGGAAGUAUGUGAUGGCUGGUCUCUGUCAGGCUCAGAACAGUUUGCUUUGCGUUAUGCGGAUGGCCCUCAGCUCUAUAUCACCGAACAGAGCCGCGGUGAAAUCAAGAAUGGGACCAUCUUACGAUUAGCCAUUUCUCCUGGCCGUGCUGCACGUCAACUACUGGAGAGGAUCCAGUCUCACGGCAUCGACGCGCGCCUGGAGGCUCUAAAGGAGCUCGCCAAGCUUUCUGCAGACCCCACCUUUGCCACCGAGUUCAUCAAUAUGGAGGGCAUUGGGACUCUGGCCCGUCUUGUAGAGAGUGGCACACAGUUCGGUCAAAGAAUGUGCAGUCUGUCAACGCCAACUGGGAGCUUUCUUUUCUUUUUCUUCAGCUUUGGUGAGAUGCUGGCCUUCACACUCACUGCGUUCCUAGAGCUGAUGGAUCACGGCAUCGUGUCCUGGGACCUUCUCUCGCUCUCUUUUAUCAAACAGAUUGCAGGCUACGUGAACCAGCCCAUGGUGGACGUGUCCAUCCUGCAGCGCUCCCUGGCCAUCCUGGAGAGCAUGGUCCUCAACAGCCACAGUCUCUACCACCGAGUCGCGCAGGAGAUCACCGUGGGACAGCUCAUCGGGCACCUGCAAGUGUCUAAUCAGGAGAUCCAGACCUACGCCAUUGCCCUCAUAAAUGCUCUUUUCCUAAAGGCGCCGGAAGACAGACGGCAGGAGAUGGCAAGCACUUUAGCCCAGAAGCACCUGCGAUCCAUCAUCCUCAAUCAUAUUAUUCGAGGCAAUCGACCAAUCAAGGCCGAAAUGGCACAUCAGCUGUAUGUACUGCAAGUGCUGACCUUUAACCUUUUGGAGGAACGUAUGAUGACCAAAAUGGAUCCUAACGAUCAGACUCAGAGGGACGUCAUAUUUGAGCUACGCAGGAUUGCCUUCGAAGGAGAGAAUGACCCCACGGGCACAGAAAAAAGGAAGGCCAUGUACACCAAGGAUUACAAGAUGCUGGGUUUCACCAACCAUGUGAACCCCGCCAUGGACUUCACCCAGACCCCUCCAGGGAUGCUGGCACUGGACAACAUGCUGUACUUGGCCAAGCUCCACCAGGACACGUACAUCAGGAUUGUCCUGGAGAACAGCAGCCGGGAGGACAAGCACGAAUGUCCCUUUGGUCGCUGCGCCAUCGAGCUUACCAGAAUGCUGUGUGAGAUACUCCAGGUCGGGGAGUUGCCUAAUGAAGGCUGCAACGACUACCACCCCAUGUUCUUCACCCACGACCGGGCUUGGGAGGAGUUUUUCUGUGUCUGCAUCCAGCUACUCAACAAAACCUGGAAGGAGAUGAGGGCGACAGCGGAGGACUUUAAUAAGGUGAUGCAAGUGGUGCGUGAACAGAUCACACGAGCUCUUACCAUGAAACCAUCGUCUUUGGACCAGCUGAAGAACAAAUUGCGAGGCCUCAGUUACUCCGAGAUCCUGCGUCUGCGCCAGUCGGAGAGAAUGAGCCAGGACGACUUCCAGUCUCCGCCAAUUAUUGAGCUGCGGGAGAGGAUUCAGCCAGAGAUCCUGGAGCUCAUCAAGCAGCAGCGUCUCAACCGUUUGUGCGAGGGCAGCUGCUUCCGCAAAUUGGGAAACCGCCGGAGGCAAGAGAAGUUCUGGUUCUGCCGUCUCUCUCUGAACCACAAGGUGCUACACUACGGGGACUUGGACGAGUCCCCCCAGGGGGAAGUGCCUUUCGAACUGCUUAGCGACAAGAUUCCCGUGUCAGAUAUCAAGUCUGUGGUGACAGGGAAGGACUGCCCCCACAUGAAAGAGAAAAGUGCACUCAAACAGAACAAGGAGGUGCUGGAGCUAGCCUUCUCUGUCCUCUACGACCCGGAUGAAACACUCAAUUUUGUAGCUCCCAACAAAUAUGAGUAUUGUAUCUGGACUGACGGGCUGUGUGCGCUGCUGGGAAAAGAGAUGGGCAGCGACUUGACGCGCAGUGACCUAGACACCCUCAUCAGUAUGGAGAUGAAGCUCCGCCUCCUUGACCUUGAAAACAUCACCAUUCCUGAAGCCCCACCCCCUGUGCCAAAGGAGCCAAGCUCAUAUAACUUUACCUAUAACUACAGUUGAGGUGUGUGUGUGUGUGUGUGUGUGUGUGUGUGGGCAUACCUGAUCUUUUGAAUGAUCGGACUUAGGCUGCAAUUAUUGAUUAUCAUCAUU